GAUGAGAACUACGUCUGCUUUCAAAAAAUUCAAAGAUGGCGACAAACAGUGAUGUUUUGGUGAUAUUAAACGAUACAAGUACAAGUGAUGAAAUAGGAAUUAACAAGUUGUCAAUAACGAAAUCACAGAAUGACGAUAGUACAAAAGAAAAGAUUUACGGUGGAAUAUUUCUGACCGCUGUUACGGGAAUCUCGGCGAUAAUAGGAUUUGGUACAACUCUAUCAGCAGCUCGAAAACAAGAUCCAAAGUUCUUUGAAGAAGGCGUUAUUGGAGUAAAAAGUAACACAGCAGCGAGAGCCGAGAGCGGAGCUUCUUUGGCUCUAAGAGCUCUUGGUUGGGGUAGCGUAUAUGCGAUAGGAGGAUGUGGGCUUAUCGUCUAUGGCAUAUGGAAACUUUCAGGUGCCAAUAAUUUCCAAGAGUUUCGAUUUAAAAUGGCUUCGAUUUUGCCAACAAUCCCAAAAAACUAUCCACCUCAGAGCCGGACUGAAUUCGACGGACUCACAGACUUGUUGACUUAUGUAUCCGAAGACUGGGGCAAGACUGGACCAGAAAGCACCAAAUAGAAACCCAUUGGUGGUGUUUCCUACGUGUAAAAAAUUUACUUAUUAUAAUGUACAGUUUUAAUGAAAAUACAGAGCUUUGUCUUAUCAAACGUUCAUGAUCCAA